UGGUAUGGGGGCAAACAAAGCGCUUGAAAAUGGAGAAAUGUGUUUUUAAUUGUUCAAUUAAUGUUAAUAGUCAUCCGAACUUGAUUUUUUAUAUUUUGCUUCCUGAUCCAAAGAGAAGAAAAUCGUGGCUUUAUGCUUUAUAUAGAAUUGAUUCAUCUUGCAAAAACAAACUUUGGUUGCAAAACAUGUCUAAGUAUGCUCAAAACAUUUUGUAUCUGGAAAAAAAAGAACAUAGUCUAGAUGCUUUUCAAAAUUUUGAAAAGCAUGUUGACUGUGUUCCAUUUUCUUUAGAAGAGUUUCUGCUGUUGUCACUGGUUUUAGAGAGUACCUUCGUGAAUGAAGAUAAAAAGUCAUUUAUGUUAUUUUUUAAAAGCUAAGACAUAAUAUUGUUAAUCCUCAUACCAUUUACUAAAAAACUUUAUAAAUAUUGUUACGAUGUUAUAAUUCAAAUUGUUGUAAUUAGUAAUUUUGAUCAUUUCAUUAUUAUACUGUAAAAAAUGUUUUUUAUUUAUAACAUUUAUUUCACAUAUAUUAAAAAUAUGAGGAAUAAAUAUUACACUGAGGAAAAUUUUAAGCAAAAUAUAGAAUUUUUAAAUGUUAUUAGAAUAUCAAUAUGUAAUAUUUUUGUUUUAUUUAUUGACUACAUCUGUAAA